CUCCAUGGAGGUAAAUACGGCCAGUCAUGUGCGGUUGCGCCCUGACAAUGGCCGUUAAUCGGAUCGUCAAGUGUCCGAGAGACAACGCUCGGGCGCUCCUCUCAGUGGCCCAACCUUACUAUUACAACUUCCACGAACCCCUAUGUACAGCGAGUAUUUCGUUUCCGCAACACUCGUUAUCGUGCUUUCACUAAACCUUUUAAAGGACGUUAAUUCCUUGCUUGAAAUGACUACGCGUUUUUUUUCCUUUAUGAUGAGCUUCUCACCCGACGCAGAACGGGAUUGGCUCACAUGUAGCCCGAGGUUUGUUAUGCGACUUCGUCGGCCAACCGGGAGCAAACGUCUCAAAAUGAGUACAUCUACGAUCGUUCUCACGAUAUGCCUCGGCACGCCCGCGUGGGUGAUUACGCCGCUGACGCGGGAAAUGACGAGUGCCAAGUUCCAAACUGAAUUAGGUAGUGAUGUUAGGACAUGCUCGCUGGAAUGGCUCAAUCAAGUCAACGCAGCCUCGUUAAGCGUUCAGGAGGAUGACGGAGAAGGUCUCGGAGCAGCGUGGUCGACGGAAUUCAUAAACACGGACGCAGAUAUGUCGGUGGACUUGGGACUGUUAAGCUCUUGCAUAUCACGCAUGUGCAGUGGAGCUUGCGCCCCGCAUGAUGCCUUUGGUAAAGAUAUUCGUUUUGCUGACGCCCCUACCUAUGAUUUGGGUGACUUUAUGAAAUGCAGAUCAAUUCUGCACCAUAACGCGACUAAUAUUUAUUCAUAUCUCCUUUUGGUUGUCCCGAACAGUAUUUUUUGCAUCACUUCCCUGUCAAAGACCGUGACAACGUUAAAAGAGACGUUUUUGAUAACAACCGGCGAAAUCAAUAACAUCUGGCCCUUCACCUCAGGCCAUUGCCAUAUAUCGCUGUGCAUGUCAACUUCGAUUGACGGUUUUAUUGUGGGGCCCACCGUUAUCCGCUCUUGUUCGCCCACUUUUUCGCGGUUCAAGUCGCGGAAGGCUGGCGCCACAUUUUCUCAACACAUUUUUUCUGAGAAGGAUGAGUGGUUGUUUUCGGAACUUCUGAAGAAUUUGUCGUGUGCAUCAUCUGCGGUUAUGUCGCUGAGGAGUUCAGCAGCGAAUUAUGCCGUUACUACUGUUGAAGCAGCCGAAACAAUGCAUGUCGAUAUCUAUCAGCCGCGCAUGGAGGUUACAGCAUUGGCUGCGAGGCAUUUUUCUGAAACUGCAACAAAUUUACAUUUUCACAGGGAGAACUUCUCCACUCUGUACUUUCCUCCUGUGUACAAAAUAGCGGUAUACCUGCCGCUUCUUUUGCCUUUGGUCGUCCCUAUGGUAACAGGAUUGUUAUUGGACACCAAGUUUCACCUAAGAAGUAAGCGAGUGCUUUGUGGUAGAAUUUUGAGCAGAUAGUUACUUGUUUCCUUGAGUUUUGUAGUUGAGGUGACGGCGGCAGCAGGCUGGGCUAGUUUUAUGGUAACUAACCAAAACUACCAAAUUUGUAUGA